CAACCUUUCGAUCGCGCGCAGCAGCGAGCGGCUGUCUCAUCCCGUCUUCAUCAAGGUCUCGAGGCACGACUUAGUGCUCAAGUUGCAGAAGACGAAAGAUCAAAUGGCGCGAGGCGCUCUUGUUUGAGGGUGUCGGCGGCGAUGACGAGGGCGUAGGGCAAGACCGAACGCGCAAGGCAAGCCCGAAGACGGACUGGCCGACUGCUCACCACUGCCACAAAGGUCAACAAUAGCAUUGAGUCGGACUGGCAGCAGGACAAGACGUCGAACGUGAAGCCAUCGCUAUGACAGCCGAGGCUGUGCGCGUCGAGGAGCUGAGGUACCGCCUGACUUCGCGGCCUUCGGGCGCUCCACGGGCAGACUCUUCAAGUUUCUCGCCUCAAUAACCGAUCUGCCUUGCUCUUUGUCCCAUACCACCACCACCACCACCACCACCUACAAUAAUCUCAGCAAGCCCACCUCCCUGCCAGACCAUGGAAUUCACCCUCUCCGACCUCGACAUCCUCAACACCGUCCUCCUCGACGGCGCCAACUACGGGCACUACCGCACACACACCAAGCUCCUCCAGCUCUACCCGCGCGAGACGAAGCUCUUCCGUGCCGCGCCUGGACAACCGGGUGGGGAGGUGGAGGUCGGCUCGGUGACCCUAGGCGCGUUCCGGGAUCAUCUGGUCGUGGCGAAUGGCCGGGACGUGACGCCGGUGCGGAUGCGGAUGAUGAGCGUGUCGGAAACGUUCGCCGCCUCGGACGGCCGAUCGUACAAGUGGAAGGCGGAUACGGGGAACUUUACGCUCGUAGACGACAAGACCAAAGAAGUCAUCGCCUUCUUCGAACGUCACUUCUUCCUCUCCUCCAAACCCAACAAGGUCCACAUCAGCCAGAAGGGCCUCCCCAUCAUCGACGAAAUCCUCGCUACCCUCAUCUACAUGGUCGCCAUCCAGCGCCGUCGGCAGAAUCGCCGUAACGAUGGCUGGGUUUCAUGAGCUGCUCUCGCUUGUCGGAGUGUUCCUGUAGCGUGUCGAACGAGCGACUCUGUAUCACUACUAGUAAUGUACCCUAUCUAUUUGUCCUUUAUUUACUGAGCUACCGUGUAUGCUAUAUCAGGAUCCUAUCUCCAAUGUAUUCCUUCUGUCGUACAAAC